AUGGAGUAUGAUGGAUCUGAUGACCCGGAGGUACACGUGGCCCAGUUUGAAACUAUGAUCACAUUGCAUCAGUACACGGAAGGGAUCAAGUGUAGAAUCUUCUCUACCACGCUAACAGGGAUGGCCAAGCAGUGGUUCAGAGCUCUGGGGCCUGAUUCUAUCCAUUCCUUUGAACAGUUACAUGAUACCUUCAUGUGUCAAUUCGCCAGUUCCAAACGAGCUGAGAAGACCGUUAUGUCAUUAAUGGAUUUAAAACAGGAACCCACUGGGACUUUGAAGGAGUUUGCCGCCCGGUUUACCAAAGCAUCCUUAGAGGUGCCCAAGGCUGAAUCCCAGAUUAAGGGUUAUGCUUUUGUACGGGGGCUAAGACUUGGAGCUUUCUUUGACAAUCUGCAAGUAAAACAACCAAGAGACUUUGAUGAUAUCUUAGCCCGGCUCCCGGGAUACAUACAACUCGAGGAAGCCAGGGAUGCCCAAAAGACAGAGUACGGCGGAGGUAAACCUAAGGAAGUGGAAAAUAAAAUUGAAGCAUCGGAGACUCGCCCUCAAGGGAGAGCACCAUAUCGGGGAAUGCCACCUCGAGUGCUUCCAGGGAAAGUGCAGCUCGCGUAUCAGCCCCCUCGUAAUGAACAAACAUACAUAGGCGUGAAUAACAUUAACCGACUCAUUGAUCAAACUCCGCUAAAUAAACCCCAAGAGGAGAUUUUUCACCUAAUUAAAAAUGAACCAUGGUUCAGAGCUCCAUCGGACUUUGCGGCUGGAGCUCCCAAGCCUGGACUGAAUGGGUUGUUAUAUCAAUACCACAAUCAUUAUUGA